UCGACUCGCAAGUCACAACUCACAAGUGCAAGUGCAAGAGCCGACGCCACCUGCACCGCAUUAAUUCAAUCCCCAUUCCUCUAUCGUCUGACGUUUUGAUUAAAGUCUUAUUCUCGUCUGAUCGGCCCCCUUUUCUAUAUUAAUUCACACUUACUGCACUGAAGUAGUGGAUUGAGAAAAGAAAACCUUGUGUUUAAAACAGAAACGUAGUCAUGUCGAGUCCUGUCUCAAGAUCCGAAAAAGAAAAACAGAAACUUAUCCAAGAGAAAUGUCAAACAAUUUUAGCAUCGAUGUUACGUGACGAGGACAACAAAUACUGUGUCGACUGUGAUGCCAAAGGACCAAGAUGGGCUUCAUGGAAUCUUGGAAUUUUCCUAUGCAUCCGUUGCGCAGGAAUCCACCGAAACUUGGGGGUCCACAUAUCAAGAGUGAAAUCAGUCAAUUUAGAUUCUUGGACACCUGAACAAGUGGUUUCCCUACAGCAAAUGGGCAACAGCAGAGCAAGGGCUGUUUAUGAAGCAAAUCUUCCUGAUAAUUUUCGAAGGCCUCAAACAGAUUCAACGCUGGAAAGUUUCAUUCGGGCCAAAUAUGAAACUAAAAAACAUAUAGCAAAGUAG